AAGCUCCCCAUCUCAGUGACAUCCCUCGCUUGUAAAACCCUCCCAGCUCUGAAGUAUCGUACCUCAUUCACUAUGAGUGCUCCUGAUUUGUCUCUCAAGACCCUAUUUGAUGUCAAGGGCAAAGUUGCUCUGGUUACCGGUGGUGGAACAGGAAUUGGCAAGAUGAUUGCCGCUGCGUUGGUACAAAAUGGUGCAAGAGUGUACAUUGCGUCGCGAAAGAAGCAAGUUGUGGAUGAGACCGCAAAAGAACUCACUGAAAUGGGCCCGGGUGAAUGCAUUGCACUCGUAGCGGACCUGGGUACCAAAGCGCAGGCGCAUGCUCUUGCGGACCAAAUCAAGCAACGCGAGUCAAAACUGCAUAUUCUGGUCAAUAAUGCCGGUAUGGCUUGGGGCAGUAAUUUGGAGGACUUUGACGAAAAGAACGGAUGGGAUAGGUUAAUGGCUUUAAACGUGAAAAGUGUCUUUUAUGUAACUACUGCGUUACUGCCACUUCUUGAGAAGGGAUCUGAUGGCAACUUGAGUCCUGCCAGAGUGAUCAACAUCAGCUCUGUCGCUGGCACGGCGGGUUCAGCAGAAGACAAGUUGUCUGCACCAGGCAAUGGCACAUGGUCUUAUGCUACAUCGAAGGCGGCGGUGAAUCACUUGACUCGUGUUCUGGCACUCCCUCUAGCCCGCCGAAACAUCCUUGUGAAUGCGAUUGCUCCGGGGGUGUUCCCUUCCCGUAUGACGAAAUUCGGUAUUGAGCAUGGAAUCAGCACUAUGGAGAAGCAACAACCUCUCGGCCGUAUUGGCACAACCGAAGAUAUGGCUGGAUUGGCACUCUUCUUAUGCAGUCGUUCUUCGGCGCAUAUUACCGGUACCGUCAUUCCUAUCGAUGGUGGGGCGACUAUCUCCCUCAAUGCCUACGCUAAGUUGUAAAAAUAUAAACCUGGGAAUUGAUGUGCGCAUGGAUUCUAGAGUUAGUAUGGCGAUUUUGCCGGAGUUGGGCUAUUGAUGUCUGAGCCCUAACUAUGAAGAAGCACAAGUGUUACCGCUGGGGACUGUCCAUACACCCUUAUUUUGGCCAAAAGCAGCAUCUUUGUUGAGAAGUUACCAUGAAAUUAUUUCAGUUCCUUUUUUCCAGUUAACUCGUUCCAUAAAAAUCAUUCUCAUUCUG